ACAGCAGUCAGCACCGAACCCAACGGCCGGUAGAAAUGGGUCCACAACACUGAGUCGCCCGAGUCGUGACCCGUAUGGCUCGAUAUUGGCUCGGGUCUGGACAAACCCACAAUUUCUUGGUUGCACCGCCGAGUUACACUGUUAGCAUUUAGAGAGAGAUCUACUGUAUAACAGUAGUACUGGUUAAACAUAUGCAGUAUUGGAAACCCCCCUUUUUUUUUUAAAUCCAUUUCUCUCUCCUCCAUUGUCAACUGAAGGGAACUGAAGGAAGUAGUAGGUGGAGAUAGAGAGAAAAAAACAAGAUUUUUCAAGAAUCAAAUCAAAACUUCUGAUUCAUUCGUAAAGGUAAGUCCUUUUAACGGAUACAUAUGGAUAUUCCUAUUGAAACAAAGAAUCCCUAAAUUUAAAUGUGUUGUAUUGUACAUUUAAGUAUAUGAAUGUGAAGGGUGCUGGGUUUGAAGUUCAAUGAAGGUGCAGCAGAUAUGGAGGAUCGGUGGAGCAGUGUAGUUUUUCUUUGUUCAGUAUUUCUCUUGCUGUUUGGUACGACAUUGGGACAGCAAUUCUCAGUUCCAUUACAAGAAAGGUUUGCUCUGCUUCAACUGAGAUCUUCAUUAGGGUUGAGGGCCAGAGAAUGGCCCUUAAAACCUGACCCGUGUACCAACUGGGUUGGUAUCCAAUGCCUGAAUGGUCGGGUCACUGAGAUCAACAUAUCUAGGUUCAGGAGGACUCGAAGAGGGAGUCGAAACCCUCAAUUCUCUGUGGAUGCCCUCCAGAAUUUGACCCUUUUAUCCUCCUUUAAUGCCUCUAAUUUUGCUCUCCCGGGGUCAAUUCCUGAAUGGUUAGGCCUGCGGCUUGGCGUUCUACGAGUGCUUGAUCUUAGGUCUUGUUUGAUUACUGGUGCUAUUCCUUUCACUCUUGGAAAUUUGACUAGCUUAACUGAACUGUAUUUAUCUGAUAACAAUCUUACUGGGAUAGUUCCAUUGAGUUUAGGUCAGUUGUCAAGCCUUUCCGUGCUUGAUCUUUCGCAGAAUUUGCUUACAGGUUCGAUUCCCGAGUCUUUUUCCUCACUGGGGAACCUUACUUUACUUGAUUUGUCUUUGAAUUACUUGUCCGGAGCAGUUCCUCUGGGCAUUGGGACUUUGUCUAGGCUGCAGUUCUUGAAUCUUUCACGAAACAGUUUGUCUUCUUCAAUACCUGCCCAACUUGGUGAUCUUUCUAGCCUGAUUGACCUUGACCUUGGAUUUAAUUCGCUAUCUGGUUCGGUGCCUCCAGAUUUUAGAGGGUUGAAAAACUUGCAAAGAUUGGUUAUUGGGAACAAUUUCCUGUCAGGAUCGUUGCCAGAUAAUUUGUUUCCUCCUCUGACUCAGUUGCAAUUUGUGGUUUUGAGUCAUAACAAUUUUAGUGGUGAUUUCCCGGGUGUGCUUUGGUCUAUGCCUGAAUUGCGAUUUCUGGAUGCCUCUGAAAAUAACUUAACCGGUAGACUGCCCAAUGUCAGUUUGGAAGCUAAUGCUAGUUUUGCUGUUUUUAACAUUUCUCAGAAUUUGUUUUAUGGAAGUCUUACCUCUGUGAUCAUGAGGUUCAGUUCUAUUGAUAUCUCGGGCAAUUAUUUUCAAGGUCGGGUUCCAGAUUAUGCACGGGGCAAGACAUCUCUUAGUCUCAAUUGCCUUCAAAAUGUGACAAGUCAGAGGGGUGCAGGAGAAUGUGCAUCAUUUUAUGCUGACAGGGGUUUAGUAUUUGAUAAUUUUGGACUGCCAAACAGCACCCAACCUCCUGCCAAAUCUGAAAAGAAAAGCCACAAAACAUUGAUUAUUUUAGCAGCUGUUUUGGGAGGUAUUGGAGUAAUCGCAUUACUCGUAAUAUUGAUUGUACUGUUGAUUGUAUGCAUGCGCAAGAAUGGUUCGACAAACCUAAGAGGCACUGGUACGGGCCCUAUUCCUGCAGGUGAAAGUCCUCCACCUCCUGGUGUGUCCUUGAAUUUUUCAAGUCUAGGAGAUUCAUUUACGUAUCAGCAGAUUCUCCAAGCUACAGCUGAAUUCAGCGAUGCAAAUCUAAUCAAGCAUGGCCAUUCUGGUGAUCUUUUCCGUGGUAUACUUGAAGGAGGAAUCUCAAUAGUCAUCAAGAAGAUUCAUUUGCAAUCAUCAGUCAAAAAGGAAAGUUACAUGUUAGAACUGGACCUUUUUGGCAGGGUUUCUCAUCCCAGAUUGGUCCCCCUCUUAGGGUACUGCUUGGAGAAUGAGAACGAAAAGUUUCUGGUCUACAAAUAUAUGCCAAAUGGAGACCUAUCUAGUUCUUUGUUUAAGAAACCAGAUUCAGAUGACGACAGUUUACAGUCACUGGAUUGGAUAACAAGACUGAAAAUUGCAAUCGGGGCUGCUGAGGGUCUGUCUUACCUACACCAUGAGUGUACACCUCCACUUGUUCACAGGGAUGUCCAAGCGAGCAGCAUACUCCUUGAUGAUAAAUAUGAAGUACGGUUAGGAAGCUUGAGUGAGGUUUGCCCUCAAGAAGGGGACACUCAUCAAAGUAGAAUCACAAAGUUUCUGCGGCUGCCACAGACAUCGGACCAAGGUACUUCAGGUGUGUGCAGCCUCUUCAAUUGUAGUUCUGUUUCCGUCAUUCUUUUCUUCAUAUUUUCCUACUUAAAUGAUGCCAUCUAGAUGCUUCUUUUAGUGUUUGGUUCUUAUCUCGCAGUUGAUUGCAAUGCAUAUGGGUGUGAACUAACAUAUGUGGGCAGUUUGUUUAAAUUAUAAUAUGUGGGAUAAAAAGGCCAUUAAAUACUUUUCCUUACCACGCCAUUGCUAAGAACCUGGGUUGCAUGGAAUUUCUAAACAACGUUGUUUUCGUUUUGGGCAUGUUUAAGAAAACGAACACUUUAAAAACUCUUAAGAAAUGUUGUGGAAGCUCGGAAAAGGUUUCCCCAAUUUCCUUUUUUUUUUUUUUUUUUUUUUGUGGAAAAGAAUGCAGAAACUUGAAGAAAACCUUAAAUCAAAUCUGGGAACUUCAGUUUCAAAUAAGAAUUAAUGUAGUUUUGGAUUUUAGCUCCCGUUUGGCCCUCAUUAAUUUUCAUUCCAUUAUAUUUUAUUUUUCUCUCUCAU